AGCUUCUCUAACGCUCUGACCAAGAACAUAGUGGCCAUGUUGGUGUGGCUGACCCUCAGUGUCAUCAACAGCAGCAUGGUGCACACCUUCCUCCGACACAGCCUCUUCUAUGAGAACCCUCGAUACAUCAUGUUCAUCUGCAUGGUGAUAAACGACGCUCUGCAGCUGACCCUGGUCACAGCUCUGUACGUGGCCAGUUACAUCUUCAGGAAGAUCCACGCCUCCGUCUGCUGCCUCCUGAUCAUGAAGGCGGUCCUCACCACCCGCUUCACCCCUCUCAUCCUGGCCGGCAUGGCGGUGGAGCGCUACAUCUCCAUCUGCUUCCCUCUGCACUACAGCCACAUGUGCACCGUGCCUCGCACCCUCCUCCUCAUCUGCGUCAUCUUCGUCCUCAGCGCCACCCCGCCCGUCACCGACCUCCUCGUCACCCUCGUCAAGGAGCCCCCCAGUUUCUUCCACACCGCCAUUUUCUCGACCACUCGUUCUUUUCAUGACCGCUCCAUCUACUACAAGAACUGCGUGUUUGAUGGGACGUACCUGUCGUGCGUGGCUCUGACGCUGCUCUUCACCUACUGUAAGAUCAUGCUGGCGGCCAGAGCGGCCUCCACGGGCCUGGCCUCGGACGAGAGGAACACCGUGCUGCUCCACGGGGUCCAGCUGCUGCUGUGCAUGCUGGCCUUCGUGGUUCCCUCCCUGCAGGCGGCGCUCAUCUCCCUCUUCCCUCGGCUCAGCCUGGAGAUUCGUUACAUCUUCUUCCUGCUCGUCUACAUCAUCCCUCGCUUCCUGAGCCCCAUCAUCUACGGUUUCAGGGACGAGCUGUUCAGGAAGUACUGGACCCGGGCCCUGGCUUGUCGAGGCAGUAUCGUCAGGGUCAGGCCCGUGGUGCAGAAGGUCAACCUGAAGGUCAAAUAACCACAUCAGACCAAUCUGAGUCUGACUGACGGCUCCGUCACCGAGUGUGGUUUGAAUCCCUCCUGCACAGAAACAUGAUGAACUCGUGGUGACUGUUGAAAUAUGAACUUGUUUCCUGAG